CAAGCUUUGCAUCGUAGAAUGCUCUAAUAGUAAAUUCGUAACUUCUACUGUAACCAUGAUAUUGUAAUUACCUUAUUAGUGCAUUGGUAUUGUACAUCUAGGAUAUAGAUGUUAUAGAGAAUUUUUCGUUGUGAUAUCACGGCCUUGUAUCGUUACCAGAAUGAUAAAAUUCAUACAUUAGCGUUUAUUUUGUAUACGAUAUAACCAACGACGAGACGCUCGUUCGGACGUUACUAUAAUUUGCAUGAAAAACGCAGGGACACAAACGAUUGUAUAGUUAAUAAUAUCGAUUAUUAAUGAUUACUGUGAAGAGUAACAUACCUAAGAUAAAUAAUAAACAAAUUGGUUUCUUUAUUUAUUAAAAUCUCCGCUGGUGUUUAUUCGUACCUUUGAAUAGUAUAUUAUAAAAGUAUGUUACUGUUACGUUAUUUGAAAUAUAAGAGUCAUUAGGACACCUUAGAAUGGUAAUCUUUGGAUAAAUUGAUGUUUUACUAUGCGAGGUAGAACUAUAUGUACGAAACGUUAAUAUAUGUUGGACUUAAGGGUGCCCCGACCGUGGAUUACGGCACUGACGUGUCAAGAAAUGUCUCGUGGACGGCAUCGAUCGAGGCUUGCGCGUUCCAGGGAUGCUGGCCAUAUUCUUCUGAUCUCACAACCCCUGUAACACGCCAACCCCCUCAGUCUAUGUCGCGAUUAAGGGCUCGCGAUCAGGGACUCGACGAUCGCGGGUAGACCGUAGACGACCAUGCGGUGUCGUAGCCCACGUAGUUAGACGGUCUCAACCCUUUAUUUUCAAAUAUUUCCGUUCUCCAGGACUGCCGGGGUCUUUUGUUAAUUUCACCGUUGUUCUGCGCCCGAUUAAACGAGACGGGACUCGCGCUCGAGGUUGCGCCCUAACACCGUGUCGUCCAACGUCCGUGCACUCGACGAAUUCUGUUCUCCGUUUCGAAGCAACGAAUUAAGAAAUGGCCAAUUUCCGGGGAUACUAUAUACCAUCCUUGGGAGCAACGAUGAACGUUGCUUGGGAAACACUGAAGGCCAAGUGGCCAGAGAACAGCCCCUGCAUGGAGCUUAUUCGCGGCAGUGGUACGGGACAACGCCAGGCACCUGGACACAGCGGCCAACAACAGUUCAAGUCCUUCGACGAAGGUCACGAUAACACGGAGAUGAUGACUAUGAACGGGGAACAAGUUUAUCGGGAUCAGAACGACGUGGCCAUCGCCGAGGACUCUUUCAGCUACCAACGAAAUGGGGACAAAGUACGGACAGGAAGCGUCAGCAGCGGCGAGUUCAGCGAGUACGACGAGGGUGGCGGCGAGUUUGCGACGGGUGUGAAAAUUAACGAAUGGCAAGCUGCUUGGAACGUCACGAAUGCCAUACAGGGAAUGUUCAUCGUCUCGUUGCCGUUCGCCGUGUUGCAAGGCGGUUACUGGGCCAUCGCGGCGAUGAUCGGCGUAGCCAACAUCUGCUGUUACACCGGGAAGAUCCUUGUCGAGUGUCUGUACGAGCUGGACACCGUGACGGGUCAACGCGUGAGAGUACGGGAUUCGUACGUGGCGAUCGCUAAGGAAUGCUUCGGGCCCACGUGGGGCGCCAGGGCGGUGAACGUCGCCCAGAUCAUCGAGCUGCUGAUGACCUGUAUCCUCUAUGUGGUGCUCUGUGGCGAUUUGAUGAUCGGGACGUUCCCCGAGGGCGCGAUCGACACCAGAAGCUGGAUGAUGCUAAUCGGGAUAUUUCUGCUGCCGCUUGGUUUUCUAAAAUCCUUACAGCACGUCUCCGUGCUCAGCUUCUGGUGCACGAUGUCCCACUUGUUUAUAAACGCGAUUAUCGUCGGUUAUUGCAUCCUGGAGAUCGGCGAUUGGGGCUGGUCCAAGGUGAAGUGGACCCUCGACUUCGAACACUUCCCGAUUUCCCUGGGCGUGAUCGUCUUCAGCUACACCUCGCAGAUAUUCCUGCCCACUUUGGAGGGGAACCUGAUCGAUCGGUCCCAGUUCGACUGGAUGUUAAAUUGGAGCCACAUCGCCGCGGCAGCAUUCAAGUCCCUCUUCGGUUGGAUCUGUUUCCUGACGUUCCAGUACGACACGCAGCAAGUAAUCACCAACAAUCUGCAUUCGGCCGGCUUCAAAGGCCUGGUGAACUUCUGUCUGGUCGUGAAAGCCGUCUUGUCCUACCCUUUGCCGUACUACGCAGCCUGCGAGCUCCUCGAGAGGACGUUCUUCAGGGGCAGACCGAAGACCAUCUUCCCAACGAUAUGGACCGUGGACCGCGAGCUCAAAGUCUGGGGCCUCGCAUGGAGAGUAGGCGUAAUCGUCUUCACUAUUCUCAUGGCAAUUUUCAUACCCCAUUUCAGUACUCUAAUGGGCUUUAUAGGCUCGUUUACUGGAACGAUGUUGUCGUUUAUAUGGCCUUGUUACUUCCAUUUGAAGCUGAAGAGAAACUCCAUGGAGUGGGGCGCGGUUGCGUACGAUUGUUUCGUUAUUUUUCUGGGGGUGCUUUUCGGCGUGAUCGGAGUGUACGAUUCGGGCACCGAGCUGAUCAACGCCUUCAAGAUCGGUCUACCUUUCUAAACGACUUGACGCGAUGCGGCUCUUUCGAUUUUCGUUUGCCUCUCUCGUCGAAAAUGGUAUCACGUUCGGACACGCGCGCAGCUCGACUACUUCUUUUUUCCAUUUACGUUGAUCUUUCGCGAACGAAACCGUUCAAACUUUGGCCACGAGAUGUCUACUACGAAAAUCUUUAUCUAAACGUUAAGUUUGUUCCAGCGAUAUACCUAGUUGAAAACGUGGGCUACGCGAAUGUUGGAACAUUUCGAGAUUGUAUAUUUACAUUCAACCAGAACUCACACAUAUCUAGCAGAACGGUCUAUUUAAGGGGGGGGGGGGGUGAGAGGGAUCGUAGGAGGAUAAUCUACUCGCGAGCAUUUCUGCUUCGGGAUUGUCGCGCGUCUUCGUUUUUUCGAAAGUUUUGACAAUGAUCGUCGACAUCAGGGGCUUCCAUAGGUAAACAACUAGACUUAGCGCGCAGUUAACGUGACAAUAUCUUGCUAGUUUUAAGUUGUAUCGAUGUCUUCCACACGGUGAAUAUUGUACGUACGAGUUUAACUGCUGUUACACGAGUUUCGGGAUUUUAUAAUCGCAAUCGGAUCUUGUAAUUUCUAUCUGUCGCGGACAUAGUGACAGAGCGGGAGAAGCUGAUUUGCUUUCAGGAGAAACCCUGAACAGCGUGGAUGUAAUCAGUUCUGUACGGGCGAGUACAAUUAGUUGUAUAAUCCAACGUCUUCCGAGGCCUCUACAGGUCGCAUAGAUCACACGUUAGUUUAACCAAUAUGAUCGUAGCAAAUUUAGUAGUUUGGUGAGACCUGCGAGAUGUUCUUGUUACUUAUUCUAUAUAGGUUGUCA